AUGGCCUCCGCCUCCAGGAUGCUCACGGUGGCGGUGCUGGCGGCGCUGUUCGCCGGCGCGAUGGCCGUGAAAGUGAAGUUGACGGUGCAGAAGGGGUCGGACAAAAAGAAGCUGGCGCUGAAGAUCGACUACACGAGGCCAAACGACAGCCUGUCAGAGGUGGAGCUCCGGCAGCACGGCUCAGAGGAGUGGGAGCCCUUGACCAAGAAGGGCGACGUGUGGGAGGUCUCCUGCUCCAAGCCGCUGGUUGGCCCCUUCAACUUCCGCUUCUUGUCCAAGAAUGGCAUGAAGAACGUCUCCUGCUCCAAGCCGCUGGUUGGCCCCUUCAACUUCCGCUUCUUGUCCAAGAAUGGCAUGAAGAACGUCUUCGACGAGGUCUUCUCCACCGAUUUCAAGAUCGGCAAAACCUACGAACCGGAAUAUUGA